AUGACUAUUGCUACUCGAGCUACUGCCGAACAGGAUGGGCGCCACUGGGGCGAGAGGGAGACAGUUGGAGUUGAAGAUGCCGAGGAUGGGGUCAAUGUGGUCGCCGAAUGCGUUGUGGAGGUUGAGAUAGGCCUGGGUGAGGGUCGUCGAGUGCCGGCAGAGAUUGGCGAGGAUGGACUGGGUCGAGCGGGUGUCGUCCUCGAUGAUGAGGGGCUGCUCGACGUGCACGAGUUCCCCUACACGGAUGGGGCGAAUAGCGACGGCGCCAUAGGCGUGAUGGCGGGCCUGGAGGAGGCGGCAGGUCAGAAAGACUUGUAUCAGUAUGAACUAGAGUAUGGCGUGUACUCACCAGAGAAGAGAGCCAGCGAGGAAGGAGAGGGCGAGGCAGCAGAGGCAGGGGGGAUAAUUGGGUGGGAUUGCAUGAUCUGCGUGGGGAGAAAAGCAGGAAUACGGAAGAGCUCCUUUUGUAGUACGGAUGCUAGUUGUAUAGCGAGUUUGUUGUAUGGCAAUAGAGCGAGCGAGGGCCGUACCAAGGACCGCACUCUUGUGAGCACCGCGGAGUGGAUGGGUACCAAAAAA